CACCACCAACGCUGGCCAACUUCCUGCUUUUGGGUGGAUGAGGAAGGCGGUGUCUGGUGUUUAUUUCUGUCAAGCUAGGUCGAGAUGAACUCUUCCUUGAAGUGACCGACUAUAUUAAUCCGUUCAUUGAUCCGUGAAACCAUUAGGUGAUUGUGGACGGCACUCGGUUGGGUUCCAGCAACAUGACGUCCAGUCAAGUGCGCGACCAAGUGGAAUCUUAUUUCCGCAGCUUGAACUACGCGUCCUCACGCAUAAUGCAAGACGUAUCACUUAUCAAAGAAGACCACAAUGAAGACUGGGACCAUCUGUCCGAGAGGGAAAAAAGUGAAAUCGUGUGGGAACGGUUGGUGUGCUCCGAAAUCAAAGAGAAGUACAACUCUUGCCCGAGAGAACUUGCCGAUGUCGAAGUCUUUCCCGUGAUCGGCCUCAGCACCGGAGACAGGAUGGUUAUGGAUGAAGAGAACGCCGUGUCGUGUGGGAAAUCGGGGUGCUGGAAGGAUGAGCACUCUGCCCCUUUUUGCUGGCAAACUCAGAGCUUGCUUAACUUACGCGUUGCAACUGGUGAAGAUGAGCCCGACAUGGCGUCCAUGCCUAAAGUGCCAGAGAUGCGACUCCCACCUGUAUCUAAGUCGCACGAAUCGAUGAGCUCCGUGGCUUCCCGCAUUUCGUCCAAUCCCCCUACCCCUGCAGAACGCAAGGGGCGACGAAGGGCUCCUACGCCACCCCAGUGUCCCCCUCCCGAUCCUCCGAGGCCUAAGCUGGCACCUCCGAACCCUCCACAAGCUACGAAAUCAACUGUGCCUGCCGCGACAGUUACCAAGACUGUCACCGAGGAUAGUCCAAAGCCACCUGCGAACAAGCCCCCUGCUCUCUCUAUACCCAAGGUGAAAGUUUUUCCGCCAGAAGUGCCAAAGCCUACCGUGCCUGCUCCUCCACCCCCAGUGGCUCCCCCUAGGGCAAAUAGGUUGGCUUCGCCUGCAAAAGAAGUGUCUGCACCUGAAAUCUCACAGUCAGCUGUGGGCACUGCAUCGAGCGUUGCUGUAAGCCCAUCGCUGAAGGAAAUACCAAAGACAGGAUUUGACUUCUUGGACAACUGGUAACGGUUUUCGCAUGAACACGCCGUGUCUGCAUAAUCCAGUACACAUCACGUGUCGCCACAAAAACAUUUGUUUGAUGUCGUGUGUAGUUGACCUUCCGCUUAUCCAACACUGACGGUUUCCAGCAAAAGCAUCUGGGGAAAGUGGUGGAUAUGAAUGAAUUAAACUCCAGAGCGAGCGAGUUAUUGGUUAUCAACAAAGCAUGUGUUUAUUUUGGAGGACAUGGAGCACUCUGUCCAUUAUCGUUUGCAUAAUAUUUAGCUCCUGUAAACUCCUACUAAUAACAUUAACUCGAGAAACGUUAUCGCGGGAGCCGUUCUCUGUGUGGUUUGCACAUUCUCAAGUGUCACACCACUGGGUUGUUCACUGUCAUUGGAUUCACGCUGCUAUACGGUGGAAGUGGCAAUAUUAAUGACACGUUCAUGCCUAAAUGCAGAGGCAUUGUUGUGGUUGUCAGUGUUGACAUCCUCCAGAAUUGUAGUCUCGUCCGCAGCUGUCAGACGUAGUCUCCACACUGAGAAUGUAGCUCUGCAAGUGAACAGUUAUCAUAACUCAGUGGAUCAUCUGCAGUGCUCUGGGCUGUUUAAUGUGUGGCACGUGGGUGCAAUUACAAAAGGCUAACUUGCAUAUGCUUGUCGCCCCCCCUCCCCUGGAGAAACUGAAGUUCAGAUAAAUUUAGCCAAACUGCAAGGACUGCAAUCUAUCCCUCCAUGUUCCUUGUGCAGAUAGCAUGGGAUAAGUAAAGCCCAGAUAAAGGGGGGUUCGUCUGUACAACCACGCUUCACUGUACGCAUCUUGACAACGAACAAACUUCAUCAUUUGUGGAUUUGUGCCCUUAGGGCACCAUAUCAUGCAUCACCUUUUUGUGUGAAAUUUGUGUGUAAGUUUCCGAUGCUGAGAUGUACAUAUUGCGGGUAUUUAUGUAUUUUACUGGUUUCAUUGUAAUGAGUAGCGUAUUAGUUAUGGCUAUUAGCCCUUGUGAUUGUGGUGAAAAUUUAGGUCCAGGAUGCAGAUUUCGAAAAGUCUAAGGAAACAUUUGCUAUGCGUGACUCGGCUUUUCGAGGCGCGUCUUACUUGUAGACCUCGCCUUACCUUGGAAUCUCACCCUGGAAUGCUUCCAAUUGGUAUCACCUGAUGAGCAUACAAAGUAGUCAGAGGAGCACAUGGUGAAAGCUUUGUUACUAUUUUCUAAAAUUGUGAGCCAUAUUAUUGAGUCACAAAUUAACCAUCUUUGAGCGGUGUCACAGAAACGUACAUGAAAGUUGGACAGGUCAGAAGGAGCCUGCUAUGACGAGCAAUAAAUGAUAUACAGUAGACUCUCGUUAAUUCAAUCCCUGAUAAUUCAAACUUUCUGUUAAAUCAAACAAAUCUGGAAUUUUUAUCUGGCCUUCUAUGUCGAAAAACUGGAUAAUUCAAACUGUACCUUCCCUUAAUUCAAAUUUUUCACCCACUCUUUGAAUUUCCCUAUCGACAAAAAAUUAAAAGAAAAUGUGCUGACACUUUGACAAGCUGUUUGCAUGCUGACGGGGUACCCAUUCUAUGCUGAAAAGGGCUACAGAAGGUCCUGGUCUGCUAUUUUGUGGGUGAAUCCUACCAGUAAAGGUAGAAACUGAUGUCAUAGUUUACUGUAAACGAUCUUUAAAUGUAGUGGCAGUGGGAUUGUACGUUGUGAGCUACAGCAGUCACGACAACCCAUUGUAGAUCAUUGUUAGCUACCUCCAGCACAUGAGACAGCAUGACCCCAUGACAUAUUCUCUUGUAGCUCAUAUUUUGAGGCAUGCCUGAUAAUUCAAAAAAAAUUUCUGUGGUCCCCAGGAGUUUGAAUUAACAAGAGUCUACUGUAAGUGCAAGCAGGAUGAUGUAUCAAAAGCAUGGCAUAAAAGUGUGAGUGUGGCCCCAAAUAUUAGAAAUCACAAAGGCGUCACCUACCACUAGUGCCUGCGCACUUUGCUUGUCAUGGAAGCACACUCAAAUGGUGUAUCAGUCUAGUUUACGUUGGAAAAACAACUACUUUAUUGCGUUUAUAAAUAAGCCAACAGAAAGUAGCAAUUUUUGGUUGUCGGCGGCUAUGUUGAUAGUUAGCGUCCUCCAAGGCAUAAAACAAUAUGCACAGAGACCUGACAGACCUCCAGUUUGAGAAAAGAUUUCUUUUUUCGAGAGCCAAAGAGCAUUGUGCAACAUACUACUAUAGACUAUGCUUACACUUGCCCAACUACUUAUGUCUUGGUUUUGGGCUAUUCCCAACACUUCCCUAAAAAUUGUUGUAACACUUUAACAAUUUCUACAGAAUAUUUUUGCAUCAACAUUUAGCAGGCUAUUAUUACUGCACCGACUGUUUUGUGCCAAUGUUUAUUUUAUUCGACCGACCAAUAAUGUUCGCCAGUGUGAAUGUAUGAAGUAAUUUACGAGGAAAAUGAAAAGCCUUUAGCAGGACAUGCUGUGUGUAAAAGUGGUAAUGAAGUGUUUCCUCUAGUGCUGUGGAUGA